UGGAAGUUCCCUCAUCCUAAAUCUAUUUUUGAUGUCUUUGGUUUGUCCCGGGUGCUUCGAGACCUUGUCCAAAGAUGGAACAUGACAGGGUUAGGGUCAGUACCUGCAGAGCGACAUGGCCCACUCGCCCUUGGCUUCCAGGUUGUUUCAAUCCCCCACCCAGCGCCAUCGCGGCUGCCGGGGAUGAGCACGCACGUCAACCAUAACGCAGACUCAUCAACCACCGAGAUUCCAUCGAGAUCCGUGACAUCCAUCAACAAAAUCAUCAAAAUACGCGUCGCAUCAUCUCUAGCAUCCCGAGUUCAAUAUUAAACUGCCCUCGAUGGGCAUUUUCCGAGCCGUCUUUCGCACCGCCUAAGCGCGUCCGCAAGCCCGUCAGGCCUCCUGAAGCCAACCCCUGUUAUCCUACUUGACGACCUCUCCACCCACCCACACCAGACGCAUCCUCGACAAUGGGCGUCAUUAGAAAGAAGAUUGCUGCUCGGGGUGGUGAGGGCGGUGUGAAGUACGUUUGCGAUGUCUGCUCCUCAGAUAUCACAUCAACGGUACGCAUCAGAUGCGCCCAUAGUGCCUGCAACGAAUACGACCUCUGUGUAAAAUGUUUCGCCAGCGCCUCCGCGAGCAACGCACAUCAACCAGCAACACACCCAUACCGGGUAAUCGAACAGAACUCAUUCCCCAUAUUCGACCGAGAAUGGGGUGCCGACGAGGAACUCCUGCUCCUCGAGGGCGCCGAGAUCUACGGCCUGGGAUCGUGGUCGGACAUCGCUGACCACAUCGGCGGAUACCGACACAAAGACGAGGUCCGGGACCAUUACUACAAGGCCUACGUCGAGUCGCCCAAAUUUCCUCUCCCGAAACGAUGCAGUCCACAUGAUAUGGAACUAGCGAACGAGAUAUCAAGAGAAGAGUUCCAGGCUCGGAAGAAGCGCAGGAUCGAGGAACGGAGGGAAGCGGCCAAGAACGCGCCCGCAUUGCAACCCAAGACGAAACCGACCGCCAGUGUACCAGCCUGUCACGAGAUUCAGGGUUACAUGCCUGGCCGCUUAGAGUUCGAGACCGAGUACGCCAACGAAGCGGAGGAGGCAGUCCAGCACAUGCAGUUCGAUCCUGGAGACGGCAUCAACCCACGUACGGGCGAGCUGGAGCCUGAGAUGGAGCUCAAGCUUACGGUGAUGGAUAUCUACAACUGCAGGCUGACGCAGCGUGCUGAGCGCAAGAAGGUCAUUUUCGAGCACAACUUGCUCGACUAUAGAGAAAACAGCAAGCUGGAAAAGAAGCGGACGAAGGAAGAGAAGGAUUUGCUCAACAAAGCAAAACCGUUUGCGCGAAUGAUGAACCAGGUCGACUUUGAAAACUUUUGCCAGGGGCUGAUUGACGAACUGAACCUCCGACAAGCCAUCACGCAGUUGCAGGAAUGGCGUAGCCUCAGGAUCGGCGACCUCCGAAGCGGCGAGAAGUAUGAGCAGGAAAAGGCGUUGCGCAUUCAAAAGUCAAUACCCUUGGGAUCCAUGGACCGCGAGAGACUAGCAACGAACCAGCGCAACAAGCAGCAACCGCCACCAGAGCCACCAAGUGGCGCGGCCCUCCUAAUCGCGCCCGAACUACCGAUCCGCUCAGCGGCAACGGCGGGAGUAUCGGGUAGCGAGGGGGCAAACGAUGCUAAAACAACGGAGGCAACCGGUCAUCACGUCAACGGUGGCAGCGUGGUUGUCGCCAACGGCACUUCAGCUGCGAAGCAAAAAUACAUCCCGCAGCCGAUACCUGGGGUCCAGCCGACUUCGCUCAGUCAGGACAACGCGCCCGAUCUUCAUCUUCUCACUACAGAGGAGGCGAAGCUGUGCGAAACCAUCCGUCUCCAGCCGAAACCGUACUUGAUGAUCAAGGAGCAGAUUCUCAAAGAGGCGCUGAAGGGGAAUGGCAGUCUGAAGAAAAAACAAGCCAAGGAGAUAUGCCGCUUGGACACGCAAAAGGGCGGGAGGAUUUUCGACUUUAUGGUCAAUGCCGGCUGGGUGGUCAAGGCUUGAUUACUCGCGCCGACGACGGCCACUUGACAACCUGGCGUUUGGGUUCGCGGAACGGAAUACCAUGGUAGGGCGGGAGCGGCAUCAUUAUGAUUUAUGAUUAUAUAGCUGGAAUGGCAGUUUUGCACGUUCUCUGGAUCAUUGCUGUGGCGAGUGCUUCGGCUUUUGCUCUGUU